GGCCCCUAGGGGCGGGGCAGCGGCCGUGCCUGAGGUGGCGGCGGCGGCGAUAUCAGCGGCGGCAGCAGCAGAAGCAGCAGUAGGAGCAGCUGCAGCUGGAGAGCGGCCAUGGAGCGCGGCGGGUCGGCCGGUUUUCUGCCGCCUUUCGCGCACUUCGCCACGCAGGCCAUCCACGCCGGGCACGAGCCCGAGCAGUGGCGCUCGGCCGCCGUGGUGCCGCCCAUCUCCCUCUCUACCACCUUCAAGCAGCAGGCCCCCGGGCAGCACGCGGGUUAUGAAUACAGCCGGAGUGGAAACCCUACCCGGAAUUGCCUGGAGAAGGCUGUGGCGAUGCUAGAUGGAGCUAAAUACUGUUUAGCUUAUGCUUCUGGCUUAGCUGCUGCUUUGAAUAUUACUCACCUCUUAAAGGCAGGGGAUAUGAUUAUCUGCAUGGAUGACGUCUAUGGAGGCACAAACAGAUACUUCAGGAAAGUAGCCAUGAAGAUGGGUUUGAAUGUAGUUUUUGUUGACUGUGCAAAAAUUGAAUGCCUGGAAGCUGCGAUUACACCGGAGACCAAGCUCGUUUGGAUUGAAACGCCGACCAACCCCAUGAUGAAGAUCAUUGACAUCCAGGCCUGCGCAGAUGUUGUACAUAAGCAUAAAGAUGUUCUUCUAGUGGUAGACAACACCUUCAUGUCUGCAUAUUUCCAGCGUCCUUUAUCCCUGGGGGCUGAUAUUUGUAUGUAUUCUGCAACCAAGUACAUGAACGGGCAUAGUGAUGUUGUGAUGGGACUUGUUUCAGUAAACUGCGAUGACCUCUAUGAAAGGCUCAAAUUUUUACAAAACGCUCUUGGAGCUGUUCCGUCUCCCUUUGACUGUUACCUGUGCAGUCGUGGUUUGAAGACCCUGCAGGUCCGGAUGAAGCAACACUUCCACAAUGCACUGGCUGUUGCUCGAUUUCUCGAGUCAGAUCCCCGGGUGCAGACAGUCAUUUUCCCAGGCUUGCCCUCACACCCUCAGCAUGAGCUGGUCAAGCGGCAGUGUACUGGCUAUCCCGGGAUGAUCACCUUUUACAUUAAGGGAAAUCUCGAAAAUGCUGCUACUUUUCUCAAGAAUUUGAAGGUUUUUGCACUGGCUGAGAGUCUGGGCGGUUAUGAAAGCCUAGCAGAUCAUCCGGCCAUCAUGACUCACUCUUCAGUGCCUGAAGAAGAUAGAGAAGCUCUUGGAAUCAGCGAUACAUUAAUUCGCCUGUCAGUUGGUUUGGAAGAUGAAGAAGAUUUACUGGAAGACCUCGAUCAGGCUCUGAAAGCUGCAUUUGCAGACCAUAAGGCUUGACGUUUAAGGCUGGAACUUAAAACCGAACGUUGAAAUGGCUGAAGAAGAUGACACGAAAAGCCAAAUUGCUCAUGAUUUUGCUUUAAUUUGCCUUUAAGACUUGAAAUCUGUUCAAUCCAAUGCUGGGCUCCCGGGAGUUCUCACUUUGUGCCCUUAGUUUGUUCUGCUGGUGUGUGGCUGCGCGGGGCCCAUGUGUGCAGCACAGCCCCUGCUCUUGGGGGCUGUUCUCUGGAAGCCUCAGUGUUUCUGCAGUCAGCAAGUUGUGUCUGAGAGCAGCCGGGGUGCAGACCCAGGAGCAUUGUCCCACUGCUCCCAGAAAUUACUGUUUCUCAUUAGUCAUGCUGGUGCUGCAAGGGCCUUAGGACAAAAGAUUGAUUUCUGCUGCUAAUCCUCAGGAUGCACAACUAAUUUUUUUCAUAUAUUCUAAUCCAACAGUCCCACUGAAACUGUUGAUUUAACUUAGUUUUUUUUUUAAUUAGGUUGGAAAUGUAGUUAAAUGCCUUUUACCUGUUGAUAUUUUAUGCAGUAUUGAAAAUGAAGUGAAAUCCAAUACCUGGUGAACAUUAGGAACUUUCUAAAGAGGAUUCUUUCCCUUUUUUUAAAAAAAAAACAUGUGAUAUUAACUGUGGUAACGAUUUGGUUAAUAUUUAGAAUAAGGAUCAUUUUAAUUAAAACACACUUUGAACUUC